UUUAUAAAUCAUAUUUUUUUUAUAUAAUUUAUAUACUUAGCAAGUUGUUGAGAGCAUCGUGCACCUGGUUGCUGUGGAUCGAACCUGACGCAUACAUAAUUACCAUCCGAAUAUUACGUCUAAUAACAUAUAUUUUGUUUUUCUUUUUUUAUCGAUCUACACUUGAAUAAUCAUAGCUAUAUUUCAUAAUGCCUAAGUGUAUUGCUUGCUCCAGGGAUCUAGAUAUAAGCAAGCAAAUCAGAUGUACGAAAUGCUUUAGAGGGUGUCACAAUAAGUGUGCGAAUAUAACGUCUGAUGUAGACAUCGAUUCCUGGACGUGUCCGCCUUGUUCACGCAGAGAACAUCGCGGCCAGAGUACCUCUCCUGACAAAGUUCAAGCAGCAGCGACACGACGCAAUAAAAAGGAUACAGGACUUUGUGACCGCUUCGUAUCGAAGGACGAUUUGCAAAAGUUAAUCACUGAGGGUAUUAACCAGGCUAUUGAUUCCAAACUAGGUCACUUCGAAUCACUGAAAAUGUCUCUCUUUGUCGAGAUCAGGGAAGAGAUUAAUUCUUUCAUCAACCCCUUCUUGAAGAAAACUGAGUGUCUAAGAGAGGAAGUAAAUCAGUUGAAGAAUGAUAUUCAAAACAAUAAUUCUGUUAUAGACGAACUGCGAUGUCAAAUAAAUAAGCAACAACAGUGGAACAGAAUGAACAACUUAGAGAUUGUUGGGCUGCCACAAACCAAGAAUGAAUCAACACGCGCCUUAAUAAAAACAAUAGCAAAGCAUGCAAACGUCGUAUUGCAGGAUGAACACAUCGAAUAUGCUAAUCGCGUUCAGCCGAAACAGUAUGUUUCUGGUAAACCAAAGACAAUCGUAGUGCGCCUAAAAUCACGUGAUAUUAAGGAUGAAAUUUUAUCUGGCUUACGUCGAAGGCGAGGCAUUCAAACACUGGAUAUAGGAUUAUCAGGGGAAUCGAAAAAGUUCUUUGUCAAUGAGCAUUUGACCCCAGAAAACAAGCAACUUUUGAAAGAGGCGAAGGCUCUUGCUGCAAAAAAAGGCUUCAAAUUCGUGUGGGUUCGCAACUGUUGCAUUUUUUUACGCCGGAACGAGGAAUCUCCUGUUAUAACAAUAAACUUCAGGCGCGAUUUGGAGAAAAUUUGUUAGUUAUUAGUUAUAAUAAUUUAAGCUAAGUUCUAAUAAUAAGUGCUUAUAUUACUCAAAACAAAUUAAAUUGUAUAA